AUGGACACAUGUGCCUCUGCUACGGUACUUAUGGGUUUUGUACACAAAAGCUUUUCAGACCCAUCAGGUGUUGCUGUUGAUGAAAAGAAGUACAGUGCAAUGAUUGGAUCAAUAUUCUAUCUUACGCCAAGUCGUCCAGACAUUAUGCUUGCUACAUGUCUAUGUGCCAGAUUUCAUGUCAAUCCAAAGAUGUCUCAUCUUUUGUCUAUUAAGCAAAUAUCCCGAUACCUCAAAGGUACAGAGAGUCUCGGAAUCUGGAACCCAACAAACAAGAGUUUUCUCCUUCAAGCAUAUUUAGAAUCAAAAUAUUGUGGUCUACAAUUGGACAAAAAACACACAUUAGGUGGCUGCCAAUUUUUGGGUGGUCGUUUGGUUAGUUGGUCAUCUAGGAAACACAAUUGCAUUGCACUCUUAACAACCGAAGCAGGAUACACUAUUGCUGCUAGUUGCACAUCUCAAGCUCUUUGGAUGAAAUCACAACUUUUGGACUAUGGUUACUGGUUCAACGAAUUCCAAUCUGGUGUGAUUCACAAAGUGCCAUUACAAUCUUGCACAAUCCAAUUCAACACUCAAUGGCGAAGCACAUCGAUAUACGGAAACAAUUCAUUGAAGAUCAUGUUUUAA